GUUUUUAGUCACACCCAGGAGAGUGAUAAGCUCUGACAGAGCUAAAAAUAUGAAGCUGCUUGAGCUGAUCAACUAGUAGGCAAGAGGAGAAACGGCUAGAUAGAAGGUAUUAUCUCAGGAUUCUGUUGUGUUCAAAGAGAUUAUCAGCACUAUCUCAUCAAUGGAAAAAAUUGUUCUAUGCCAUCGGGUGAAAACUCCAGUGCGGUAUCAGGAGCAUUUUCCUGAUCAAGAUUUGGAAGCCUACAAAUUGAACCACUCCUUGUUUGCAUUGCCAAGUCCAGCAGGGCCAGCACAGAUAAGGAACAUUCACGCAUCCAAGAGUGCGGCUGAAACAGAGCAGAAAAGCAUAGAUGAAGCAACCCCCAAAUUUCAAGUCUUACUAGAUGUGGUGCAGUUUCGUCCUGAAGAUGUCAUAAUACAAGUCUUCGAAGGGUGGCUCCUAAUCAAAGCUCAGCAUGGACCCAGGAUGGAUGAACAGGGCUUUAUAGCAAGAAGUUUCACUAGGCAAUAUAAAUUGCCAGAUGGCAUUGAAAUGAAAGAUCUGACUGCUCUCUUCUGUCACGAUGGCAUUUUGGUUAUUGAAACUAAGACAUUUGGCAGUAAAUAAAUUCUUGGCCGUUUUGUUACUGAUGAUAUUCUACAUGUGCACUUAGGAUGAGAGCUGUAUAUUUAGAUUGUAGGAUACCACACAAGAAAUCACACUGAUAUGUUGAACAAAAAGAAGCCCAUAUCAAUAUGGAAAAUAUAUCAUCAUCAUC